AUGAAUAAUUUUAUCGAAAAGGUUCUUAUCUUAAUACUUGUUUUUACCACCAUAACCUUCGCCGUUCCUCUAAAUUAUGAUCAAGAAGCUUGUCCAACUGGAUUUGGUCGAUGCAUAGAUGGUAGGGCUCCUACGGAAAAUGACGCACUUUUAAGACGAUUUCCAAAAAUAAAAUUGCCUAAAUUAGGUCCAAUACUUAAAGUUCCACUUAUUAAUGGGCCUAGUUCAAGUUCAGUAUGGAAAAGUUUUGAUUCUUUUCGUGGUAAAACUAAAACUAGCGGAACAGGAAAAAAUAAAAAAUAUUUUGAAUGGGAUUUUACUCAUAAUGAUAUUGAAGUUUAUGAUAAUAAGGGUAACCAUUUAGGUUCCAUGGAUCCUUCUAAUGGGAAUAUGACUAAGCCACCGUUAUAUAUUUAUAGUAUUUUAAUUCAACCUUCAGUAUAA